UAAUUGACCAAUCAUAUUUCUUGUACUAUAAUGCGGUUGGUAAAGGGAAACAACAUGGUGGAUGCAAUUAUUCAAGAUCUUUGCAGCUCGCUUAAAUUGGAGCGAGAUAAGGGCUUUCAAAAUUUUGUCAAGCAUAUCGAUCUAGCGGAGAGUGAGGAUAUUGAUACGCUUGAACAAUGUAUCACAAAACUUUUAACGGAAGAGGGUUCAUCGUGGGAGAAAAAGCAUGGUGGAUUGAUGGCCGCAAAAGCCCUUUUAAUAAGUGGAAAAAGUUCUGACGAUUUUGCAGUUGACAUGCGUUCCCAGGCUUUAAAGUAUUUAGAAGAUAAUGAAUUCAGAGUUAGGAUUGCUGCAGGAGAGGUAUUAGGAGCACUGUGUAAAAAGAUUGGACCAGCAGUUUAUGAGAACUCCAAGUCAGUUAUUUUGGAAGGAAUCCGCAGUAACCUGGAGCGUGAGAGGUUGUCUGCUACUGGUCAGGACGAGCAGGAGGAGACAGAGAAACUGAUGGAGAAGCUUAGCAGCUCACCCGCCAGGUCCAAUUCUGUGGAUGCAGAUCAGAUCUUUCAUGAUACUGCAGGAUGGAAGUCUUUGGAGACGUGGAUGAAGUGCCUGCAGAGUGUGGUGGAUAACUGCGGACAUCUUUUCAAUGAUUGUGUCGACCAGGAUUUACUGAACUUGAUAUUUCAAGCCCUUGACCACACAAACAGAUUUGUGAGAGAGACUGGCUAUUACGUGUGUUCAUCUCUGGUGUCAAUAGGAGUCAAGGACAAAGAAACCCUGGCUUUGGAGGAAGAGAAUGCCGUGUAUCGACACGGUGAACAGUUUGCCAAGUACAUGGCCAAAGGACUAGCUGACAACUGGAGCCAGGUUCGUUUAGCAUCCAGUGUGGCCACCAGGAAAUUCCUCCAGAGUUUACCCACCGAGGAGGUCAAGGCCAAGUUCUACCCAAUCCUCAUACCCAGGAUGUGUUUAAACAGGUAUUAUGUAGCAGAAGGGGUGAGGAUCUACUCCCAGGAUACCUGGCGAAUGGUGACAGGUGGGGAGGGGAAACACCUGGUGGAAAAGUUCAUAGAGCAUGUGGUAGCUUACUAUAUUGAGGCAACAGGAGCAGAUAACCACGCAGUGAGAGAGGCCGCCUGCGCGUGUAUAGCAGAGCUUGGAUCUAAGAUAGACAGGGAUGUUGUAAGACCUUUCAUACCUCAGUUAUUGGAAGCACUUUUAAUUUGUUUUAAUGAUGACAGUUGGCCUGUCCGAGAUGCUGCCUGUGUGGCAUGUGGAAACUUUGUACUGUGCUUCCCAGAUGAGUCAAGGAGCUCCAUGCCUGCCCUCUACCCUCUGUUCUACAAUAAUCUACAGGACAACAUCCCUUCCGUCCGUCAGGGGGCAGCACUGGCUCUAGCCAAUGUGGCACAAGUCUAUGGUCAAGAAAGCUAUGAAGAAAUUAUAAACAAAGUGAAAGAAGGAAUAGAAGGAUUAAAGAACCAACCUGAAACAACAGAGAAAUAUGGCAACAUGGACAAAGGGCCAGCUACGUAUAGUGUGGUCAAAAAGUUACGGGACAAUGACAUGGAGCUACAUACAGACAAACAGAUGUACUCCUGUGGGUCCCUAGCCCCCAAGAUGAUGAAGGGCUCCAGAGGGGGUGGAUGUAUGGACCACAAGUUUAGGAAACCUCCUGAACCCUGGGAGCUUGCUGAUGGGUGUGUGCAUUUGAUAGCAGAGCUGUCUCACAAUCAGGAGCUACACACUACAGUGUCCGACCUCCUACCAUUACUGGCCAAGGCGGCCUCUCUACACCAUUACAAUCACCACGUUAACUUCCUGGAGACAGUGUGUAAACAGUUGCCAAAUAUUGCCAAAUCAUUGGGGAAGAGGUAUUUUAAGCCCCAUUUAGAAGAAUUCUUUGAUUGCAUAUUUUACAGCAUUACCUGUGAUAACGCCCUGACGGCCAGUGCCGCUAGCCAGUGUCUGAAUCAGCUGAGUGCUUUCCUGGGGCCCAGCAUCUUACGGGGAAGAGUCGAACAGUUUAACCCAAGAUAUUUAGAGCUACUUAAAGCCAACCAGUUUAUUGCACCACUGUGAGGACAAUUGCAGCCUGAUAUAUGUCUUCAGUCUUGACAGACACAGCUUUCUGCAGAUGUAAGCCUGGUGGAAUUCUAUGCCUCUGUGAUUGUUACAUGGGAAGACAUAAUUAACAUCCAUUGUGCCAUAGGUCACAUCCGAUUCAUCGUCUCCAUUGUUGUUGCGAUAUUGUAACCAGGAUGGAAUCUAAUUAACAGUCCCAUUGUGUCAGUAGCUCAGUGCAUCGUACUAGUGGCUAUAAUUUUACAAAUCUUUACUAUAAUUUACAAGAAUACUUCAGACUUGUUGCAUGUUAGAGGUUACAACAUCAAGCAUAACAAUUUUUCUAUGCUUUGCUGUGUAUUAAUAAUUUAUUACUGUGGCAGAGACAAAGCUAUGUUUUAGUUUGUUUAUUAAAAGUCUGUGAGAUCUUUA